AUGAAUGAUAAUCAAAAGGUCAAUUUAUUUUUUGUAUCAGGUUUGCCAUUGGAUGUUUCAGAAAAUGAAAUGAAGGAAUAUUUUUUGCCUGACCAUGAAAUAAGCCAUUGCAAAUUAUAUAGUACCCAUUGUGGUAUAAAAAGUAGUUAUGGCUAUGUGGGACUUAAAAGUAACGAAAUAGAUAUUCAAGAAUAUGUAAAAAAUAAAAAAUUAAAAAAUAAGGAUAUAUUUAUUGAACUUAUUGAUGAAGAGAAUGAAAGUGAUAGUAACAUCAAUGAUAAUGUAAAUAGUGAUCAUCAUCUAAAUGGUGACGAUCUCCAAUAUGAUGAACAUCUCCAAUAUGAUGAACAUCGUCAAAAUUGUGAGAAAGAGAGCUCCCCUUGUGAACAAGAAGAACCUAAUACAAAUAAGGCAUUUAAUUUAAACGAAUCCAUUUUUGAUGAUACCAAUGGCACAAAUAAAAAUGAUAAUAUUUGCUACAAUAAUGUUAAAUUAAAAAAAAAGAAAGGAAGAAAAAAAUAUAUAAAAAUUAUCAACAAAAAUGGAGAUAUAACAAAAGAAGGGCUAUCUAUAUUAGAAAAUAUGAGCAUGCAAGAAGUUGUAUUAUUAAUAAUUAGAAUUCAAGAGUUAGUACGUAUGGAUCCUCAAACAGCUAUUAAAAUGUUAGAUGAAAAUAAAACUAUUUAUUAUUCCUUGGUGCAUGCUCUUUUUCUUUUGGGUAUAUUAAAUGUAGAAAUAAGUCCUUUAGAUAAUGAAGAAAUUAAAGAGAGUCAUUUAUAUCAAAUGAAAAAUUAUUUUCAAUAUAUCUGUAUGAAUGAUAAAAAGUCCACAGUCCAAAAUUUUAAUGAACCUAAAGCUCUCGUGGAUGAUGAAAGUGAAAAUUAUUCUUGUGAUGAUUCAUCUGAACAAUAUGAAGAAGAAAUUAUAAAUGAAGAUGUAAUAAGUGUAGAAGAAAAUCAAAAUGGAAUAAAUGACAAUUCUGUGAUAGAUGGUAUGGAUAAUACAUUUAAUAGUGAUAAUAUAAUAUAUGAUAAUAAUAAUAAUAAUAAUAAUGAUGAUUAUGAUGAUGAUUAUAAUUAUGGUGAUGAUUAUAAUUAUGGUGAUGAUUACCAUCAUAAUUUAAUAAAUAAAAAAGCUACCCAUGUAAACAAAAAACCCUUAUAUAAUAACUAUCAACCUUAUAUUUAUAAUAUGAAUAAUGAUACAAGUAUGGAAUAUAAUAAUAUGAAGGGUAUGAAUAAUCAUAACCAAUUUAAUAACAUGCGAAUAAAAAAUAAACAAAAAAAAGAUUAUCUAAAUAAAUCUUCAAUGCAAGAAUGUAUAAAAGUAAAUGACUCAUCAAGAAACAACAACAAUAAUAAUAUUAAUAGUAUAAAUAAUAUUAAUAGUAUAAAUAAUAAUAAUAAUAUGAUUGGAUCAGGAAAUAUAGUUAUACCAUUGGACAAAAGGAAAGGAAAUUUUUAUGGAAAUAAUCGAAUGAACAUAAAAAAUAAAACUAAUAUGCCCAUGGGAAAAAAUAUUAAUAUUAAUAAUAAUAAUAAUAAUAAUAUCAAUAAUAUCAAUAAUAUCAAUAAUAUCAAUAAUAUCAAUAAUAAUAAUAAUAUGUUUCAAAAGGGUGUGCCUAAACCACUAUAUGGCUUCAAUAAAAAUAAAGACGUUAACAGAAAUAAUAUUAACUAUGAUAAAAAUGAUGAAAAUGCUGGAGAUACACAAUUACAUAAUUAUAAUAAUAAUUUAUUAAAAUCAAGUAAAGAAAACAAAAACCAUAAUGAGAACACUCAUUUAUAUAACUCAACAAAUUAUAAUGUUAACAAUAAACAACAACUGUAUAGAAACAAGACCGAUUUAAGAAGUGACAAUGUUCCAAAUAAAUUAAUAAACAAAAUGAAACAUACAAAUAAUAAUCAAAGAAGAGGAAUCAAAUUAAUAGAUAGAAAAAAUAAUCCUGAAGAAAGUAAUUAUAAUGACAAUAAAAUAAAAAUUAAAUGUAUUAAUAUUGAAGAAGAAGAAAAAAAUAAAAUAAAUCACAAUAAUAAUCAAAGAAGAGGAAUCAAAUUAAUAGAUAGAAAAAAUAAUCCUGAAGAAAGUAAUUAUAAUGACAAUAAAAUAAAAAUUAAAUGUAUUAAUAUUGAAGAAGAAGAAGAAAAAAAAAAUAAAAUAAAUCACAAUAAUAAUCACAACAACAACAAUAAUUUGAUGACAAAUCAAAUUAAUACUAAUCUAGCUUUACUUCUUAAAAAAUUAAAAAUUUCCUUGAAUGAUAUACCAUAUGCUGAAGAUGAUUUAAUCAAAGAAAUAAUAAAUGAAAAAUCUAUUCUUCAAAAUAUAUUAAUAAGUAAAUAUGUAGACAUGUUGAAUUGGACAAAUGAACAGGUAUUACGUGUAUUGUCAAUCAGAAAAACAUUAAAGAAAAUUGGUUAUAAUAUAAACGGUGUUAUAUAA